AUGCUCUCAGAAACCCACAAAGAGAACCGCGUCAAGUGUGCUCGGGAGUUUCUUCAGCAAUGUGCCGAGAAUACCGAAGAAUUUUUGGACUCUAUUGUAACGGGAGAUAAAACGUUGUGCCAUUACGUCACGCCGGAAACCAAACAACAGUCCAAACAAUGGCGCCAUUCCGAUUCGCCCAGACCGAAGAAAUUCAAGCAGACGCUCUCCGCAGGAAAAGUGAUGGCUACGGUUUUUUGGGACCGUAAAGGCGUCCUUCUCGUGGAUUUCAUGCCUACUGGGACCACCAUAAAUUCGGAAAAAUACUGCAAGACACUAAAGAAACUCAGAAGAGCCAUCCAAAAUCGCCGGAGAGGAAGACUCACGAAGGGCGUUAGGCUCCAUCACGACAAUGCGCGCCCACACGUCUCUCGCAACACCAAAGCCUUAAUCGAACAAUUUGGAUGGGAAAUCGUGGAGCAAGCUGCCUAUAGCCCUGAUCUUGCACCGAGCGAUUUCCACUUGUUCCCGAAAUUGAAGCAACACCUGGGUGGACAACGCUUCGCUACGGACGAAGAGGUCCAGAAUGCAGUCACCACGUACCUCAACGGGUUGGCGGCGGAGGUUUUAGAGGCAGGUUUUCAAAAGUGGAUUUCUCGACAGCAAAAAUGUGUAGAAAAAUUUGGCGACUAUGUAGAAAAGUAG